AUGGCGCUCGACGACCACGGCUCGUCAUCGCCACUCCUGGACAGGAGCGAGUCGACGGCCUCGGCCUUGGCCUGGGCCCGUCCGCCGCAAUGGGACUCGACGUCGGCGCUGGCGCCGCUCAAGGGCGGGUAUCUAGUCAAGCAGGGUGAGCGGUACAAGUCGUGGAAGCGCCGCUGGUUUGAGCUCUAUCCUUCGCUGCUGGCUUACUUCAAGACUGAGCCUGAGACCUCGCCCAAGGGCGUCAUCCCGCUCCGUGGCCGCUACAUUGUCGCCAUCUCGCCGGAGGACUCGGGUCGUGACCGCUGCUUUGCACUCUCACAUCCGUCCGAGCGCACGUACUACAUCCAGGCCUCGUCCGCUGACGAGCUGGCCUCGUGGAUGCUUGCCAUCAACGCCGCCAUCGAGGCUCUCGGUCCGACGCAGCCUCAUGGUCCCGCCUCACCUCGGUUGAACGUUGCUGACAAGUCCUAUGUGCCAGGCUCGAUCCGUCUCCACGGUGGGAGCGAGCUGCCAACAUGAUGGCUAUGCAGGCCCUGUCAUUGUUCCCGUCCUUUACCGCGUCACGCCGAUCAUGGCAUCGCGGGUAACCGCGCCCAGCAGCGCCUCGCGACUCCAGCCCUCGGUCCCCUCCGGCCGCAGCGGCAGGACCAUGUACCGCAGGUCUGCCGUCGAGUCGUG